AAAAUUUUAGUAGUACUACCGUUUCUAAAUACCAUCUUUCGUGGCGGUUGUUUAUUAGGAAAUCAUCUGUGGUGGUUCACACUAUCCCUUAUAAUAAUUGUUCAUAGCUGAGAUAUAUAUAUAUAGACAAUUCUAAAGCGCCGCAAAACGUAAUUCAUUACGUCAGGUUAUUGCAACACCCAUAUGGUUUGAUCUGAAUUGAGAGGUGUGAUUUGAUCUGAGUUUGUUGGUGGAAGGAAAGGAAAGAUGUCAUCACUGGGAACUUCAAAGGGGAUUCUAGAGAUCGCUAAGUUUGGGGUUUACGUUACUGUACCCAUCGUUCUUAUGUACGUUUAUGCCAGCAAUACCGACAACACUCUCCACAAGUUCAUCGGAAAAAAGUCAUACGUUGAAUAUCCCAAGGAUACACAAAAGCCACCACCGCCAGAGGAGCUUAGAGAGAUGGCGAGGGAGAUAGCUCGCAAAAGGAACAACCCCUGAUGCUUCUUGUGGGUUGGCAAUAGUAAUAGUAAACGUUUGUAAUGGACACCGUGUGAACUACGAAUCUUUGCUUCUUUCAAUUGUUUCUGUUGUUUUAUUAUGAAAUUUUCUGCAAUGAAAGGAACAUAUUGUUAUUAAGUAAAUGAGUCAACGUUUGCAAUUUCA